AAGAACACAAUGGACUAUUGAUUGUUAAAAACAAAAUAGUGAAUUUGUAAAGUGCUUCAAAAUGGAAGUCAAUUCUCAUCUCCUGUUAGUGGCUGGCGUGUUUUUAAGCGCUGUAUUCUGGUGUGAAGGCGCAAGAGACGCGUCAUGUCCGCGAAUUUGUGGUCCAGCACUUCAGGGUGAACCGGUUUGUGCGACCGACGGAUACAUAUACCCAUCGUUAUGUGAGAUGAGGAAGAAGACUUGUGGAAAAGGAGUAAGACUAGCUCCAGAUCAAGGCUCCUGUUCGAGAGCCCAAGGGUCUAAAUGCGAGCACCGCUGCACUUCAGAAAGAGAUCCUGUGUGUGGAACUAAUGGUCGCACGUACCUGAACAGAUGUAUGCUGCAAGUAGAAAUUUGCAGAGUUGGCAUCGGUCUCUCUCACUUGGGUGCAUGCAACAAUAUAAGUGCACACCGUGAAAACUGCCCCGUCGAUUGUUCCCAAGCCCCACUCGAUGGUCCCAUUUGUGGAUCAGAUGGGAACGUCUACAAGAAUACCUGUCAGAUGAAGCUGUUCACUUGUGGACAAGGUGUAGUCCGGACUAAUAAGAAGCAUUGUCAAACGACGCGCCAUUGCCGUGAGUCCUGUUGGCGAGUUGCCAGACCCACCUGCGGGUCGGACGGCGUAUUGUAUGCCAACGCGUGCAGAAUGAAGGCGACGAACUGUGGUAAGCACGUGUUCGAAGUACCCAUGGCGUUCUGUGUGUCCCAAGAGCGGACCUCUGGCGGCGAAUACUGUCCCACCGACUGCUCCGAUCAGAAAGAGAAGCUGGUGUGUGGCUCCGACGAGAGUAUCUACAGGAAUGAGUGUGAGAUGAAGAUGCUUAAUUGUGGCGUGAACAGCAGAAAAAUAAUAAAGAAGGUAGACAUGGAGAAAUGCAAGUCGAAGAUGAGCAAGUGUCUCAAAGUGAAGUGCCCGACCGAAGGUGACCCUGUUUGCGGAACUGAUGCGAACGUGUACUACAACCCUUGUCAACUGAAAGUCGCUACUUGCCUGAAAGGAGUCCAGUUAGCACACUUCGGUAACUGCACUCUGCUGCCGCGGCUUGAGACCGAUUGCCCAGAAAAUUGUGACAACGUUGUCGAACAACCUGUUUGUGGAUCAGAUGGAAAUGUUUACAAGUCACAAUGUGAACUCCGCCGUCUCACGUGUGGGCAGCACGUGGUCGCCGUUUCGGCGUCUCAUUGCCGCACCACAGCACUUUGCCACGAAGACUGCCCAGAUACACCCUCCUUCGUCUGCGGAUCCGACAACCGGUUCUACAAGAACGAGUGUAUUAUGAAGAAGGAGAAUUGUGGAAAACACGUGUAUGUCGUGCCAUUGAAGCGUUGUCUCUCUCGAUUCAAAUACGCGGGCUGUGCACGCGUCUGCCCACCGGAAUACGACCCUGUAUGUGGGACUGAUAACAAGACUUACUCCAACAAAUGCUUCUUGGAGAUGGAGAACUGCCGAUCAAGGAGUUUCAUGCAGCUAAAACAUCUAGGAACGUGCACAGAGCCAAUCGCCGAGGAGCCGAAAAACUAUUUGUAUCGAUAAUUCAUAAUCGCUUAUGGUAACACCAUUUUCAAUUAGUGCCAAUUCUUUUAGGAAUGAUUUUUAUGCUAUAGAUUAGGUAUUUGCAUCUGGCAACUUUUUUUCAUAUUUAAAACUAUUUUCGUGGAAAAAAUUUAAUUGAAAUAACUCGACUGGGAAUAAACUUUGGAAUCAAACAUUAAAAAAUAUAGACAGAAUAAAACUUUCACAUUUUCGGUAUAGGUUAAAAAGCUUUAGAACAACUUUCGUAUUUAAUCCUAUUUUCGUGGGAAAAAUUUUGUGAAAACCUUCUGACUGGGAAAGUCUGGGUAUCAAACAUUCAAAAAUAUCCGUCAGAAGAAAGUUUCUCUCUUUUGGUAUCAGUUAAAAAGCUUUAGAACACUUCUUAAUAAAGUAUAAACAAAAAAAAAGAAACAAUUUCUAGGUUAGAUUAAAAACGUUUAGCGUGAACUCCAUCGUGUUUGUUAUCGAAACGAUAACGUUUCUGUUCGGAUUGUGUUGUGAUGCACUGUUAAGAACAUAUCUUGUGAUUGUUACAUGAACAUUACAAAUAAAUAUGACAUGUCUCUCUAUCUAUAUAUUUGACAUAUAGAGAAAUAGCAUGCCAGUCACUUCAUAUUCAUCGUCUUCCAUUCGUCUUUAUUAUUAAGUACAAAAUUAUAAUCUCUCUGUUAUUCUCUACGUAAGUUCUAAGUAGUUAGCUUAUUCAAGUAUAGCAUAUUUCGUAGGUUUUUCUAAAAAACUUGAGGCCAAAAGCCCAUUUCUAAAAGCUUUUUUGACACAAUAAAAGCUUAAAGAAACUCAAGGUUUUUUUGGAUUUGAAUAAGCGCGCCGUUGGCAUUUAGAUUAAGAUUUCUGACUGUUUAUUUAUUGUUCUUAUUUAUUACGUAAUUUGUAAAUACUUUUAGGAUUAAAUAUAUACCAGACAACAUAACUGCUUGUUCGAUCAAUCGAUUUGUCUGGUAAUCCGUUAUAAAUAACGAAUGGCAUGGGUUUCAAUUGAUACCAAAUACGGUUCGUUAUUUAUAACCAAAUCUGCACAGUUGCAUUUAAUAAACGCAUGUUUCUAUGUAUAACUUUAGCAAAUUCUAAUAGUUUUAGUCCGUGUACCGAUGUUUUAUAGACAAAUAAAAUGUUAAAAUAAA